AUAUUCCCGAAUGAUGAUGAAAAAUUAUUAUUAGAUAACAAUAAAUUCGAAAUUAUUGGCCAGGUUUACAAGUGGUACGAUGCCAAUGAAAGUUUAGUUAGGCUCUGUGGUACUUGGCAGAGUACCUUCAGAUUGCUUAGGCUGGAAAAUCCUGAUUCUCCCGAUAAACCCACUAUUCUAUCUACCGAUGCUGCCGUCAUCCUCAAAGCAAGGUUUUUGAAAGAUUCUUUACCAAUGAAGCCUAAAAAGUAUCAUUCUCCCCAGUUGCCCCAAAUUUCAUUAUUGAGUUGCGUUCGUCAAGCAAUUCCCCCAAUCUCUUCAUCAAAAAAUGAUACAUUAGGCGAACGCAGGUGUAGACGAGGGAGUCUCCAUAGACUUAAUUACAAUUCACCCGAGGUUAGAAUCUAUACAUUUAAUCCUGAUACUAAUAGAACGAUUUGGAGAUCAUUGGUGAAACCUGAUCAGGUUGAAUCAGAUGUUCUCAGAGGGUUUGUUUUAGACAUGCAAGAGAUAUAUUGA